GGGAGGUCCUGGCGGCUGGAGGGAAGCGGUCCCUAGACAGGGUUUUUAGGGGGACCCCUUGACGAGGCUGGUGACGCGGGGCUAGGGUGGGGGGGAGAGGCGAGGCCGGCCGGGGGGGCGCUCUGGACACGUCCCCCCGCCCUUCGCCGGUGCGUGGGGGCAGGGAGAGGCCGGAGCCAGCCAACGCGGAACCCGGCUUCCUGCGAGUCCCUCCGGCGGCCUGCCAGAGCGCCAGCAUGAGCAGCGGCGGCUUGUCCAGCAGCAUUAACUGCGCGCUGCCCACCAUCCCCUCCAGCAAGCUGCCCGACCUGCGCUUCCUCAGCCGGGGCGCCUACGGCACCGUGUCCUCAGCGCGCCACGCCGACUGGAGGGUCCCGGUGGCCGUCAAGUGCCUGCAGGGGCCGCUGCUAGACAGUGAAAGAAUCAAUCUCUUAAAAGAAGCAGAGAUUUUACACAAAGCCAGGUUCAGUUACAUUCUACCAAUUUUGGGAAUUUGCAAUGAGCCUGAGUUUCUGGGAAUAGUGACUGAAUACAUGACAAAUGGAUCAUUAAACCAACUUUUACAUGGGAAAAAUGUGUAUCCUGACAUUGCGUGGUCACUGCGAUUCCGGGUUUUGUAUGAAAUUGCUUUGGGAGUGAAUUAUCUGCACAACAUGAGUCCUCCAUUGCUGCACCAUGAUUUGAAGACCCAAAAUAUUUUACUGGAUAGCGAGUUUCAUGUUAAGAUUGCGGAUUUUGGUUUAUCGAAAUGGCGCAUGGUGUCCACAUCACAAUCACGAGGUGACAAAUCUCUGCCAGAGGGAGGGACUAUUAUCUACAUGCCACCUGAAGACUAUAAUCCCAAUCAGAAAACCCGUGCAAGUAUAAAGCAUGAUAUAUACAGCUAUGCCAUUAUUAUGUGGGAAGUGAUGUCAAGAAAACAGCCCUUUGAAGAAGUUAUAAACCCCUUGCAGAUUAUGUAUAGUGUGUCACAAGGACAGCGACCAGACACUAGUGAAGAAACUUUAUCAAUAGACAUACCCCACCGAGUGCUGAUAGUAACAUUAAUGGCAAGUGGAUGGGCACAAAAUCCAGAUGAAAGACCUUCUUUUUCAAAAUGCUUAAUAGAUCUUGAACCGGUGCUGAGAACAUUUGAUGAGAUAUCUAUGCUUGAAGCAGUAAUGCUCUUGAAGAGAGAUAAGUCACGAUAUGAGUCACAGUGUAUUCGCAUCAGUCACAAGACAUCCGAUGUGGAGCUGACAUCUGUAAAUAUACCUCUGAAUCUUAGUCCACAGGAGGAAACGUGUGCUCCCUUCCUACAAAGUGAUGCACUCCCACUCCGGAGCAUGUCACCUGAAUUAUCAAGACUCAAGUCUAUACCAAAGUAUAAUAUCCUCUCAACAGGUAAAGACAACAAUUCUGAAGGACCAUGCUCUCUUGUUAGCAUGGAUGAAAAUAUCUCUCCAACCCAGAGUGCUAAAUUGUAUGUGCCCUACCACAGCUACCCUUCCUCAUUUGCUGCAGAUCAUUCAAAUGUAUCAAAUCCUAUGACACACAUGCUGCAGUCAUCAGCACUUACUUCAGGUUUUGCUGUGGAAUCCAUACAACAGGAUAUAGCUCACCAGUGGAUCCAAAUUAGGAGAGAGGACAUUGUCAGCCAGAUGACUGAAGCAUGUCUGAACCAGUCUCUGGAUGCCCUCCUAUCAAGGGAUUUAAUCAUGAAAGAAGACUAUGAACUUAUCAGCACCAAACCUACAAGGACAUCAAAAGUCCGACAACUGCUCGAUACUACUGACAGCCAAGGAGAGGAGUUUGCUAAAGUUAUAAUACAAAAGUUGAAAGACAAUAAACAGAUGGGCCUUCAGCCUUAUCCAGAUAUGUCAUCUGCUUCUAAGACUGCAUCUUUAAAUUUAUCAUAUCAAUAUAAAGCCAUGUAAAUGUUUCCUUACAAGUAGGUUCCUUUUUCUGAAAGGUUACUUUAUAUCUUUAUUGCUUUGGUCUUUAUUGCACUUAUAUAAGGCUGGUAAGCGAAAGAAUUAGAUGUAAUUAAGGUUACAUUGUAAGGUUAAAACUAGUCAUUUUGAAGAGCAACUGGAAAGUCAAAUACUUCAUUAGAGUGUAUUUAAGUAUUUUGUUUAUACAUAAAAAGAGAAAAUGUUCCCUAUUUUCUAUUUUAAAUAAUCAUAAUUAUUCCAUUUAUAAAUAUCCUUUAAGUUGUAACUGUCUUAAAAUGAUGGGGAUGCUGCUUACUCACUGUCAUGGUAGGAUUGAUAUAAAAGGAAAAAACCCUACAACAAAACCUGUAGAGUUGUGCCAAUGUUUAUUUCUGUUGUAAGCUAUUUUCACAUUACUCUUCUGGGUAGAUUUGUUCCUUCCUAAAGAACAUUAAGACUGCCAUAUGCCUGUAUUUAGAUUUUAAUUUUGCCUCUCCACUCAAGUAGCUAGUAGUGGUAAAUGUAAUGAUACAAGAACUGCACCUGCUCCCAUUUCAGUCAAAGGGAGUGUGAUGGGAUCCACAGACCAGCAUGUGAUCUGGUGCAACAUUGCUGUCUAACUCAUCUCUUACCUCCACAAGCUUGAUACACAGUCACAUCUGAAAUGUAAAAUGUUGCAUUUGAUCCAUCAAGCUUCUAAUUCCAGUUCAUUUUUAACGUCUACAGAACCUGCAGUAAGCACUGAUUUUAUGUGGUGUAUAAAGAUCAAGUAUAGGCUGCCCAGGUGGGUUAGCAGUAACACACAAAACACACAUGACCUCCUUUGACACGCAAGCACUGAGAGUGCUACAGAGCUAAUGUACUUACUUCCUGGAGGAAAAGUGUGGUGUGCUGAUCUGUAGCAAUCCCCUUUGGACAGAGUAAAUAUCAGCACUGAAAACAGUGGUGUUCAGCACUUCUGUAGCUGAGAGGGCAGCUCCAGGCAGGCCAAUGGGGCCGUGCGGGUGGCGGGGGGGAUUCUGUGCCUGCUUGAGGCUUUCAGUUUGGCGGGCAAUGCCCCUUCUUACCCCCAUUUCCCCUCAAACAACACCCUUGGUGUUCUGCCUUUCUUGUCUGAGGGAAGGCCAUUGUUGAGGGAGAAGUGUGGCCAGUCUGACAGGAGGAAUCUGAUUUUUGUUUUAAUUCUCUUUAGCACAUUUCAUACAGUGAACAGUUAUAAAUCCAAUUUAUAGCUUUUUAAUUUUCUUGGAUGCAGCAUAUACACACCAUCUGCAUUUUACAGCAGUAAGAAGUUGAGUUCAGUUAUGCUGUGCACUGAAUGCCAUUGGCACUAAUAAGAAUUUUGCAAUUGAAAAUCCCACAUCCCCAUCCACGAGGGUUACAAGUAGCAUGACUAGUUUACUGCCCUUGUCAUAAAAGCCAAAUCAAUGAAGAAUCCAAAUUAUUGAUAUUUGAAAAUCUUGGAGGAUGAGCCAGGGACUGAUCCAUUUCAAACUACUUCAAGGUUUAAAUUGCACAUCACUGCUUGCCUAUGUGUUUAAACAUUGCAGUGAUAUUUUAGUAUCUGUCUUAACUUGUUUUGUGAACUCGGUCACUAGAAUGCAUAAUUUACUGUAAGCUUUUGCAGACUUUACUAGGUAAAUUCACAGUUUUGCAGUAAAUUGGAAUUUUGCAUUUCAACCCUGUUUCUGUGCAGAUAUUUAAACUUGUUACCAAUGUAAAAGUUCUAACUGGAGCACAGACAGCACAUCACGGGACAAUGCCAAGCUCCCAUAUGCAUGCCUUUUAUAGAAUAGAUUUGAAGAUGACCUGGUGGAAUAUGGCCAUAGUGAGCUGUGCCAGUCUUGCCUAGUGAUGCCAGACUUACAUAAUGUCCAUGCAAUGUCCUUUUUUAAAUGCAAGACAGUUGUACCAAUAAAUAAUUGCAAAUCCUCUUUUUUUAGGUUCAUCCUAUACCAGGGGUAGGCAACCUAUGGCAUGCAUGCCAAAGGCGGCACGUGAGCGGAUUUUCAGUGGCACUCACGUUGCCCGGGUCCUGGCCACCGGUCUGGGGGGCUCUGCAUUUUAAUUUAAUUUUAAAUGAAGCUUCUUAAACAUUUUAAAAACCUUAUAUACUUUACAUACAAUAAUAGUUUAGUUAUAUAUUACAGACUUAUAGAAAGAGACCUUCUAAAAACUUUAAAAUGUAUUACUGGCACACGAAACCUUAAAUUAGAGUGAAUAAAUGAAGACUCGGCACACCACUUCUGAAAGACUGCCGACCCCUGUCCUAUACUAUAAAAUUGUGAUAGGGACCCAGCAGCACUUCAGACACAGAGAUGAGCAGUGCCAAAUAUCUAGAAAAAUCAGUAAUUGACUGUACCAGACAUAUUGCUUUCAAAUUCGAGAGCAAGGUUGAGGACAGUGCUAAAUGAUAAUGAGUAAAUUCGAAGUGGACUGGAACAGUAAAGUGAGAAAAGAAAUAUUGUAACCCUAGGUGUCACCUGCAUGCCUGGAUAUUGCUUCCAUUUUUCCAUCCCCGGCUCCUUCCCAUUCAUUCGUUAACGGUUUUACCUCUGGGUCUCAGUCUUGUCCUCUGAAAUGAUGCAGGAUGUCUUGAUUUUUAUAAAAUAAAUUUCAUGAAUGGGCAUUGCUAAAUACAUGGUAAAAACAGUAUCUGCUUAUGGGAUUGGGUUCUCUUGUGGCACAUUAAUACAGAAGUACCUUAAUGUACCUUUUACAAUACUAUAUAAGUAUUCACUGUGAAAAUAUGGAUGACAUGUUCAUGUUUGGGGGAGAGGGAGAGAAUUUAAUUUAUAACUACCCAUUUAUGGCAGAUUCUACUUGUGUGGGUCUGUGGAUCUACAUUCAUCUUGUUCAUGGGUUUUGCUGAAAGGGAAUAAAUGGGGAAGAGUCUUAAAAACCCUGCUGGGCACAUUUCCUGACAAAGGAACUAGUCCUGGCCCCUGUGACAGACAAGAACUUCACCCUAGAGCAUUUCUAGAACCAAAGUAAACUAGUGUGUCACUUGCAAACUUUGUAACUUUUUCCCCCUUUUAAUUCUUAACUAUAUAUUUUAAUGCAUAAAAGGAAAUGAAUUGCACAGAGUAGCUAGGAGUCUAUGAUCUUAGUAUAUCAGACUACUGAUUACAUGUGACACAUGGACAGGAGGAGGAUGCAGGUACAGCUCUUGUCCUGCUGUGAAGUUAUACUGGGGCAGCCUGAGUGUACCAGACUGGGAAUUAGGUACUCAUUUAUUGCUGCUGACUUGUUCUUUCAAAUGUCAGCUUCUUUUCAUGUGAAGGCUGGUAACUAAUGAGUCAUCAAAAGUAACCAAUACAAAAUUUCCAGCUCUUGACUGAAAAUUGAAUAUGCAAAGAGUUUUGGGGCAUGUUGUCAGCUGUGCAGUGAUGAAAUAACUGCUAAUCCAGUUAACCAUCCAAAUAGGAAUCCAAAUAACCAUCUUCCUGAUGCUCCCAAAAUCCCAGGCCUGGCCCUGUGCAAAUGGGAUUCUGUUGUCUAGAAUAUAAAGGUCCUAAAAAAUAAUUAAACACCAAGACCAGCUCUUCAGGUGAGCACUUGUCAGCCUCAAGGACAACAAAGAGGACAGAGGGCUCUGAGGAAAGCUCCUAGGAGUUUGGAAAGCAUCCAGAACAAGGGUGGUACUGCCAUAAACUCUGCAAAUGAUCAUUUUAAUUGAGGUUUGUAAAAUAGAUUUUUCUCAUAAACCAAAGCCGGAGCUGUGAUGGAAUUAGAGCUGCUCUGUAAAAAAAAAAAUUAUGAAUACGGUAUGUUGACCUGGUUAUUGGUAUGUUUAUUGUAUGAGUAUAUUGAUUUGGUUUAAUAGGGGCCUAUAAGGAAAAACAAGCAGGAAAGGGAAAAGCCACUUCUCCACAGACACUUGAGGAUUGUUAAGAGACAAUGUCAGGAUAGGAAAAAGCGUAGGGAGAGAACUGUCAAGUUUAAAAAGAAACCCCUCUCAAGGUUAGGGCAGUUGUUUGGAGGAAUAAGUCUGAGAUACAGGCACUCAUUGUGGGGGGUCUGAAGAAGUCUGGCCUGUCUAGGGUAUCAUUAAGGAAUGGUAAGUCUUUGGGUAAGAUAGAUGUGUAAACUCUGGUGUGGAAGUCCUUUUUUCUCUAAAUGUUUUUUUCCUACUGUGAAAAUAAACAAUACUUUGGUUUGAA